AGUCAGUGACAAUUACUUUUGACUUUCGGACAUAAAUUCAGUGUAAUCUUAAGUGAAAUUGUUGAAACAAUUUGUUGUUUGUGCAAAAAAAAAUUAGGGUAUUUCAAGAAGUUGUCUUGCGGUGUCGAUUGAGUUUAGUGAUCUCUGUAACAUUUGUGACUGUGUUGAUGAGUGUGGUACCCUGAUGAUCCCGCCACCGAUUACUCUGCUGGAUUUGUAAAUAAGUUUGGCAGUUCCUUCUGCUCGGAAUCAAAAUUUUCUUACAUUUCGGCCCGUAUUUCAAAAUUAAAGAUCUUUCCAAAUCGUCAAUAUGGUCGUUACCACUGUUGCCUCUCCGCUAAAGAAAACAGGUCGUAUGGUACCUCCCAAAAGUGCCAAAGUCAUCGAUAAGACUCGAUCCAGUUCCGCGCUUCUAUCGACUGAUACGCGGAAAGGGCCGAUGAGCGUUGGAACUAAACGGUCCGCAGCCGGGGCGCUAACGAGUCUAAGCGGACCGAUAGCCGCCGGUCCGGUGGGCCUUGGCCUGGUCACUGGAAUGGAUAGGAAUGGUUUCCCGCAGCACAAUGCGGCCGCAAAGGCACAAGCGACAGCAACCCGUCCAGCAGCACCGAUCCCACCGCCACGCACAUACCGCCGGGCAGGGACAGCAGCAGCAGCCGCCUCUGCAGGAGGAGCCGCUUCUGCCGCCGCUCAACUUGCUGCCAAGGUGCCUGGUGCCCCAGUCGUCGGAUUGGUCUUGCACACCGGAAGCAGCAACGUAACUCAACCAUCGUUAGCCAGCAAGAAGAGCUCCCUGGUCAGCCGUAAGGUUGGAGGAGGCAAGGACACAGAUUCAAGCAUCAAGCGGCGCGUAAAGUUCUCAGCCAAUGUGCACACAUUCCCGUCCCUUACAAACACCAAGAAGUCCACCCGGAUUGGCGAGCUGCAGCUGAAAAAGAAGGUUAAGAAGCUGAAGCGGAUUCGAUCGCGUCGGGAGGGCGGAAGUGGUGAGACGGCGAGUGAGCUCCUAAACUCAAGUGGGGUAGCCCCAAAUAACCUGGACAUUUACAAACACGGUGCCAUCGUUGAUGUGGAAUCUGUAAAAGCACCAGAACCACCACGUGUUCUGCGCCUAAACGUUGUGGGCAAAUCGUCACCGGCAACGGGAAAAUCUGCUUUAGUAACAGCGCUGCGACGUAAGGCUAAAGGAACAGCAGCACAGGAAGAAAAGUCCAUUGAAUCGGUAACUACUACAGGUAGCCGGACCGGAAAGCCCAGGACAAAGCCUAGGAAAAGUGCGGAUAGCAACGCAAAGGCACUGCUUGCAUCCAGCUCUCAUUUGGUGGAUAGCAGUGCGGGCGUAGCGGGGAGGAAGAAACCAGCAGCGGCGGCAACGGGCAGUCAGCGGAGUAGUCUAAUACAAAAGCAGAAUGGGCGGCGAGUCUAUGGAAAAGUCUGAAGGCGGCGAUCAGCCGGAGAGUCCCGGCGAGAAAGAGCAGGUGCAUCAAGGAGCAGAGCAACAGGUUCAACGGGAAAAGCGUUGUCGAAGUGUGUCUCCACCUGAUGGAGGUGAUGUGGGCAGUGUAAAGACGGCUGAGGUUGUUGUAGAAGGCGGCGCAUCUGCUGUUGUCGUAGCUAAGAAGCGGAUUCUCACUCGGCCGAUUCGAUACGAAUUUUUGGCAACAGUCGCACAGUUGACGGUGCUCUGCUAAAGCAAAGAAAAGACGCCACUCAACACCACACAGCGGAUACUAAAACAUUUUGAUGAAACAGUCGAAAUUGUUUAGUCUAAUAAAAAAGGAAAUAUAUACUAAAGCAAA